UUUGGUAAAGCCCGCACGCUGCAGCUGCACUUCAUGCAUGUUGUCUGGCGCUGAGUGCAGACUGUUCACGUCACUACAGCAAAGUUAUUUAUUCUGUAUUUUCAGAUUGAUAAGUCUGAUUUAGCUUUAUUUCAUUAUGUCUGUAAUAAAGAAGGGAGAUUUAACCGACACUGAAAAGGAGCUACUGGAGGUUAUUGCUGCAGGAAAUGUACAGGAAGCCUCAAGAUUGCUCGGCUCAAAAGAUGUCCGAGUCAACUGCCUGGAUGAGUAUGGCAUGACUCCUCUGAUGCAUGCUUCGUAUAAGGGCAAGGCGGACAUGUGUAAGCUGCUGCUGCAACAUGGCGCAGACGUCAACUGCAAUGAGCACGAGCACGGCUACACUGCUCUCAUGUUCGCAGGACUAUCAGGGAAGACGGAUAUCACCUGGAUGAUGUUAGACGCUGGAGCAGAGACAGAUGUGGUGAACUCAGUAGGAAGAACAGCAGCACAAAUGGCUGCUUUUGUAGGGCAGCAUGACUGUGUGACCGUUAUCAAUAACUUCUUCUCACGGAAGAGGCUCGACUACUACACAAAACCCCAGGGCUUAGAAAAGGAGCCAAAAUUGCCUCCUAAACUGGCUGGGCCUUUGCACAAAAUUAUCAUGAGCACAAAUCUUAACCCUGUCAAGAUGGUGAUGCUGGUGAAGGAAAAUCCUCUACUCGUGGAUGCAGAGGCUCUUGAGAAGUGUCGUAAAGUGAUGGAGCUGAUCUGCGAGAAGUGUGUAAAGCAGCAGGACAUGAACGAGGUGCUGGCCAUGAAGAUGCACUACAUCAGCUGUAUUCUGCAGAAAUGUAGCUCCUUCCUCAAAGACCGGCAGGAUAAACUAGACGGCCUCAUCAAGAGUCUACUGAAGGGGCGAGACAGUGACUGCUUCCCGGUAUUCCAGGAAAAAUUUAUCCGGGAAUGCAUCAGGAAAUUUCCUUACUGCGAUGCUACUCUACUCCAGCAGCUUGUCAGAAGCAUAGCUCCUGUGGAAAUAGGCAAUGACCCCACAGCUUUGUCAGUGCUCACCCAAGCCAUCACAGGGCAGGUGGGCUUCAUGGAUGCUGAGUUCUGCACCACCUGUGGGGAGAAGGGAGCAGAGAAGAGAUGCUCCAUCUGUAAAAUGGUUAUCUACUGUAACCAAGAUUGCCAGAAGCUGCACUGGUUCACCCACAAGAAGAUCUGCAAGAAACUCCAGGAGCAGAGGCAGAAGCACGAGGCUGAAUCAGCCAAGCGACUAGAGAAACAGGCCAAAGAAUCCGAGGAGAAGAAAGCGCUGGAAGAGACGAGCAGCAGCAUGGAAAAUCUUUCUGUUGAGCAGAGUGAAGUUACCAGCACAUCAGAUGUUCAAAUAGAAACCGAGAGCACCGACCCCAUUCAGAUAACUUCAGACUGAGUCAUGUGGGUUAAACAGAGACAACAUUAGCCCUGAAUCAUUUCCCAUAAACGCUGUCAAGCCCUGCCUCAGCUAGAACACUCUGAUGUCCAUGUCGUCCAAAAGCUGGAGACCUUCUGAAGGUUUCUGUCAGAUGAAGGGUUUUUAGAGAAUGAGAUCUGAUGGAAAAGCUAACAAAGCUUUCAACACAUGCACAGGCUUUCCGUCAACAUGUGACACAUUUUACUGUACUGUUUGUUCUUUUUUAUAGCUAGCGUUAUGUAUGUGAUCAUGUGUAUCAAAAUUAGAUUUAGUAUAGAGCGUAUAUAUUUAUGACAAUAGGUCUUAAGUUAAACCUUAUGUGAUCUUGCAUAAAGAGGAUAAAGAUGUUGAAGCCUAUGCCUUAAACCAUGUUGGCAAGUCUGUAGUUGUGACUGGGGAUGAAAAUCAUUAUAUGAUCUACAGCAGACUUAAGUAAGAAUUUUUUAUGUGUUGAGCUGAUUCAAGUCAACGUGCUGCAUUUGCACAUCUGAUUUUUCAGGAGCCUCAUAAGAAAUGAAAAAUCCAUUUGGAAUAGAGUCACAUACUUGAAUGUUGAAUUAGUGUGCCAACUUCCCAUAACUAAGAACGAAGUAACACGUUGACCUGAAUAUUGAUUUAAAACUGCAUGUUUGUGUUUAAUACAUUUGAGAUGGAGGUAAAGAGACAACAGUUUGAAGUCAGUGUGUAUUAUCUGAAUUUGACUGUAAGGAUUUUGGCUGCAGUUGAACUCUGCUCCUCCAGGGGUUGCUGAUGAGCUCUUCUCACACUGCUCCAGUCCAGAGUAGAGAACUGCAUGAUGGACCUCUGCAUGGCCCUGCGCUCACAGAGGUCCUCGAUCUCAUCAAAUGGCCAUCUGAAAAUACCAAACAAUACUACACUAUUGUUUAUUUUUGACUGCUUUUAGGAAAAUCCACUCUUAUUAACGUGUGAUCUUCAGUGGCAUCCAAAAUUUAUUUUGUAAUGAAAUUCUGAGUUGAAAAUUUUUUAUUUAUAAGUCCUUUUUUAAUGGGAAUUAGCCCUUGCUUCAUCUCUACAUAAGGAGAGCAAUGCAGCAGCGCUUCAGUCCUUUAUUCUGUCCAGCUGUAUCACCUCAUAUAUACACUCUAAACGUUCACGCUAAUACCACCGUCAAAUCCUUCGUGCUCAUCAUCUCGUAAAUCACUAAGUGGCUGAGCUGAGUCUCUGCUGUAACUCGCCUCCAUUGCAUUCUGCAACUUUGAGUCCAACAUUUGAUGUCUGCACUAUGUCUCCGUUGGAUUUCCCAUUAAUAUGUCGUUGACUGUCACAGAAAUACAGUGAGUGAGAAAAGAAGCUCUUGCACUUCUCUUUGUAGGAGGCAAUAGUGAAACCUGACUGUUGUCCCUUAUGUUUGAGAUUGUUGAAUUUUUUUUUUUCCUCACCAUUGUAACUGUGCUAGCAAUGUUCUCUUGUGAGAUCAGAGUGGCACACAGCUUGUACAGGGAAUAAUGAAAAGACAGCCCCAACCAACAAGAAUCAAUAAUCAGAAAUAUUUCAUAUUGUGUUUCAGGGUGGAGUCUUCCUUUAAUAAGACAGAUUUACUUACUUUAUGCGCUUUGCUUUGGAGCUCCACAGACCUGGAAUAAAUGGCAAAUGAGUUAUUAAGUGCAUCAGGAAACGAUACAUGAACAUUACCUCAGUUACGACAAUCAUACAGUAUACAGCAAAAUAUGAUUGUAGUCAUGUCAGUGUAUGAGUUGAGUCUAUCAAUAAUAAUAUGACUUGGUAUGAGGCAGAUACAACCUGUAUUUUUCAAUAUAAUAAACAUUUGAACCAAAACA